UUGGUUACUGGGGUUACUUACUAUAUUGCUUUGGUUACUGUACUCUUUUAGUGUCAGUGCACAGUGUCCAUUUACAGACCAUUAUAUUCCUUUGGUUACCAAGGUUACUUACUCUAUGACUUUGGUUACUGCAGUAUUUGGUUACUGCAGUAUUGAAGAAUGAUUUUGUCCUUUUUUCAUUUAGGAGGAAUGAGUUUAUACAACUAUUUUAUGCUUGAUCACAUGGCAUUCUUAUUUUAUGCAUUACUCGCGCGGCAUUCUUAUUCAAGAAGUUUUCGAGGAAGUUGAGGUGUUGUUACUGAAAAUUUCAAGAACUGGGUAACAAGUGUGAGUUUUACUGGCAUGAGUUAGAAAUAUACAGUCAACAUCUUUUAAGAUAUUAGCAUGGCUAGCCCAAGACAUACCUUUCGGAAUAUUAACACACCUUCAAAACAAAAGCGAGAACCAGUAAAUACACCUUCAAAAAGAGCCAAAUUCCGUCAGCUGUUUGAUGAACCGGACAAUAAUGAUAUUCUUGUGGAGAAAAUAUCAGUUGUGAAGGAUACUUUUCUGCGAGGAACUGAAGUACAGGAUCCUAGUAUUCUCACAGCCAGUCUAGUGUGCACAUAUGGCUUAAACUAUGUAGUAAGAUUAUUAGGUGCUAUCCGCCAUGUGCCAAAUUCUUUCUUAGAACGGUAUCAAUACAUAUUUAAGAUUGUGAAUUGUGAUGGAAAUCACUUAUCUCUAAAUCUUGUAGAAAAGUAUGUAAGAUCAUUGCAAGUGUAUGCUAAUCAGUGUGGUUUUGAGGUUGACAGAAAUACAUUGUGGAGUUGUACAAACAAAUAUGAUGAAGGUUUUUUAGUUUUUCUUGUACCUCCAAUCAGUGAAUGUCUACAAUGCAGUGGGACACUUUAUCCUUUAAACAAAGUUCAAGUAACUCUGUUUACCAUGAAUGGACCAAAGCCAGGUAUGAAGACAACAACACGGUGCAAGAAAGGUUGUGGUGCCAUCUAUAAUGUUGACAGAUACUCAUGCCCUGCAAAAGGCACUUUCUUCUACAGUGAAAAGCAACCUGUGAUAAGUUCAUCAAACUGUGUCUAUUUGACAAGAGACGUUCAUGAGCUCCUCUGCGAAUCUGGAUCUUAAACCUUGCUGGGCGGUAUGGUUAUAUGAAGUUGGUGAAUGAGUACGUUCAUGAAACGAUGGUUCCAUAUUACAAACGCCAGUUGUCUAGUGCCACACUACCGAGAGAGCCAAAUGUACAAGCCCCAACAAACAAUGAUGUGCAGUCUGUGAUUUAUGUAGAGAAAAUCACCACAAACACAGCUGCAAUCAUCAAAGGUGGAUCUGUUCUGGCAGUGGAUCAGUCUAUAAUAAGGGAGAUGGAUACCAUCGGCAACUAUGGGGCAGUCCGAAACAAGCCAACAAAGAUUAAUGGAAGGACCAGAAAAAUGGUACAUAUCCCUACCAGGAACCUUCAUCCAGACCUUGUCAGAGAGGUAGAGAAAUGCCUGGGACCCACUGAAACUACAGCACCUUCAACUCCUACCGCAUCUGCAACAACAUCUACAAGAACAACUCCUGAAAUCCUGACAACCUCACAUACACCUAGAUCUACCUCUGAACCUCAAGAUUCACCACCUACCACAUCUGCAACAACAUCUACAAGAACAACUCCUGAAAUCAAGACAACCUCACAUACACCUAGAUCUACCUCUGAACCUCAAGAUUCACCACCUACCACAUCUGCAACAACAUCUACAAGAACAACUCCUGAAAUCAAGACAACCUCACAUACACCUAGAUCUACCUCUGAACCUCAAGAUUCACCACCUACCACAUCUGCAACAACAUCUACACCAACAACUCCUGAAAUCAAGACAACCUCACAUACACCUAGAUCUACCUCUGAACCUCAAGAUUCACCACCUACCACAUCUGCAACAACAUCUACACCAACAACUCCUGAAAUCAAGACAACCUCACAUACACCUAGAUCUACAUCUGAAACUCAAGAAGCACCUGUAUCCACUUCACUGACUGAUCAAAGACAUACACCACCAGCUGCAACUCCAUUACAGACAGUCAGCACUCAUUCAAAUAAAGCCCCAGUGCAGCUGGUUAAGGGGAAAAGGAAAUUAGACAUGUUAUUGCUGCCCACUGAAGUGUCGGCCGACGAAUUAUGUAAAAAGUGCUUUAAGCGAGGGAGAAGUGACAUGCGGUGGGUUGAGUGCGAGAUAUGUGAACAGUGGUAUCAUGCAACAUGCAUGGAGAUAGGAAGGACACAGUACAUGAAAAUUCAAAGGAACGAAACGACUUGGGAAUGUUGUUGAUACUAUUAUAAAUAGUUCAGUGUUAGGUUCUCUGAUCAUUGCAAAUUUUGCACCAGUUUACUGAAUAUAUUGCUGAUUAAUCUUCUAUAUGAAUAAAAAUAGAAAUAUUUGGUAUACAAAAAAAUGACCUUUUCAAAAUAUCUGAAAGCAAAAUGGACAACUCUUAUAUUGACAGUGUUUCAAUGAUUUUAGGAAUUCCCCAAUGAUAGUUUAUGAUUCAAACGUUUCCACAGCUUAAUAAAUUCAAUACAAUAUUGUAUAUCUUUUUAUACUGUCAACAUUUUGAAAGAGGCUAUACUGAACUUUCUUGAAAAUUCAAAACCCAAGACUAGCCAAGAGUCCAAAAGAAAAUGACAUGCUUUUCAUUAUGCUUUACAUGCUUUACAGACCAUUUCAAAAACUGACAUGAAAGAAAUUUUAAACUAACUCCUUUAAAAUUUUACCAUCAAUAUUUUCACUCAAUUUAGGUGAUAAUUGUAAAUGAGAAGGCCAAACAAAAAACAGUUUAUAUAUAUCUGAAGUUAUAAACCCCACACAAUAACUAAUUAUGAUUUUUCAUCAUUUAAACAUUUCAAUACCUAAACAUUUUUGUAUAAUAUUACUGACAAUUUUUUGGAGCAUGAGGACCAUGACAAUUAAACAAUAAUAUAAACAUGCUGUUGUUUGAAUACCAAGUGGGGAGUAAUACCCAUUUACUUUGUUUACCACAAUAAAUAAAACAUCUUAUAGUUAGUUUGCGGUAGUGUUUAGAAAUCAUGAAAUAACAUGCUAAGUUAUUAGUUACGCUAAGUAUUUAUUAAUUUUUCAUAGAAAGCAAUGAUUGUGAUAGUUCAAUCCAGAGAAUGUUAAAUUGCUCCCAAAUACAUGAUUACAUGGAAAUUGCAGAAAGCCAAUUACUUAUACCUUAAAAAUGUUGUAAUUACAUUUGAUGACAAUGACUGUGUUUCAUUAUUUACAGUAAGGUACUCCUGAACAGUCAGGGAAGAGCUUCAUAAUGAGUAAAACAUAAGAAACACUUUCAGAAUACAGUCUACCUAUUAUUAGGCAUAAAAAAUUGUUUGUUUCCGGUAUCCCGACCUACCUUAAAUUUUUAGGCCCGACCCUAAAUGUUUUUAUGGCCUUGGAGAAUAUUUUUUUCAACUUUUUGACAAGUUGCCAAACUGCACUUUUUAUGCUAUUAAAAUGGUCAGUGAUGUUAGAAAUCAACUUCCUAAUGCUCUAAAGGCAUAACCCCCAUAUAUGUGUUCAUCUUGACACAAUAAUAAAAUGUCUCGGUUCAACUUCAGAAAAAAAAAUUCCCCCAAAAAAUUUUCCAACCUACCUACCCUUGAGCAUUUUACCGGAAACAAAGAAUUUUUUCAAGCCUUAUGUAAAACCACUUUAAUAUUUAUUUGUAAUUUCUCAUUGCUGUAUAUAUGUAUAUAUAUCCUUUACAUUUUAAUACAUAUAUUUAAAUUUUUUGUGUAUAUUGAGGUAUAAUCAUUGAGGCCAAUAAACACCUUUGGCUAAAAAGCCAACAAUUUCUUUAAAAGAAAUUUAUACAUUUUUUUACUUAUUUUGAUGCACUGCCUAACUUAAUAGCAGGACAGUACAACUGAACAACUUAAAACAUUGUAUGCACCUUUUUUGACUUGACAGUUUUUGGUUAAGCUUUUGUAUGUUACAGGUGGUAUCUUAGUACCCAUGAAAGGUAAUGGCACUUGUUCACUGUUCCAUAACGAAUUAUGCCUAGCAGUUUUUGGUUAAGCUGGUAUCUUAGUACUCGGUAAUGGGAAUGCAUUGAAACUUCACACACUUGUGCACUGCAAUGAUUUGACAUGCAGUGCACAGGUUUGCAUUUUUACAAAAUUAUGUCCCUUUCUUGACUUAGCAAAUUCUAGUUAAGAUUUUGUAUGUAAGCUGGUAUCUCAGUAACCACUAAUGAAAAUGGAUUGAAAAUUGACACAGUUAUCCAUUUUCAUGUACAGAUAUGCAUUUACAGGUUCCUCUUUUGCAACUUUACAAAUUAUCCCCCAUUUUCGAUAUUUGUAUUUAUCUAAUUGAAAAAGCUAUUGAAUAAUCAAGCGCUGCUGUCCUACGACAGCUAUUGUUUUCUAUGUUGUUUGUAAUAUGUAACGUAAUUAUAAAAUUCUAACGUAAUAAACUGAAAUAAAGAUUA